AUGAAGUGGAUGGUCCAUAACCUAUACCAUACAAGUUCAAGACUAGAGUCUAUUGGAGGAGACAAUUACCUUCAAUGGGCACUUGAUACCAAGAUCAUCUUGAAAUCCAAAGACCUUGGUGCUUGUAUCACUGAUGGCAAUGAGUCAUCUGAGAAGGAUAGAUACAGUGCGAUCUUAAUCAUACGCCAUCACCUUGCUGAAAGUCUCAAAGACCAAUACCUCACUGUUGAGAAUCUUCUGGACCUUUGGACAGAACUGAAAUCCAGAUAUGAUCACCAGAGGACGGUGCUCUUACCAAAGGCCCUAUAUGAUUGGAGGAACCUAAGGAUCCAAGAUUUUAAGUCUGUGGAUGAGUAUAACUCGGCUCUAUUCAAGAUAGUCUCAAAGUUGAAACUGUGUGGAGAGACUAUCACUGAUGCUGACAUGUUAGAGAAGACAUUCUCUACAUUCCACACAAGCAAUGUUUUGCUUCAGCAACAAUACCGAGAAAAGGGUUUCUCCACCUAUGCAAAUUUGAUCUCUUGUUUGUUGCUGGCUGAGCAAAACAAUGAGUUACUUAUGAGGAAUAGUGAGAUGAGGCCUCCUGGUGCUAAGGCAUUACCUGAGGCACAUGCGGCCAGAGAGCCAAAAGAUGAGUCUCCAAAGAAAGAGUCAAACCAUGGCCGUAUGAAAGGCCGUGGAAGAUGGCAAGGUCGUAACUGUGGGUUUCAACCACGUGACUGUGGGUUUCAGCCACGUGAACACCUUGGUCAUAGCCGAGGCCGAGGAUAUGGUCGAGGUAAUGGCCGAGGGUAUCAACCUAGCCGUGGGUAUAAGUCCGACUUCAAAACCCAUGGCUCGACCAAAUCUUCUUGCCAUCGGUGUGGGAUGACCAAUCAUUGGGCCAACCAAUGCAAAACUCCCAGUCAUCUUGUUAAACUCUACCAAGAGAGCAUAAAGGGAAAGAACCCUGUGGCCCAUUGGGUCCAUCAUAAUGAUGAGAAUGAUCUCGACCAUGAGGAUGUUCAAGCCCAUGACAAUGAUGAUCAGACUGAAUUUGAGACUUCAGAUAUCCUUAAAGAGGCCAAUUAA